AUGGACAUCAUUUCAGAAGCCACGAAUGGCCUUGAAAUCAAGGAGUCUGUUAUUAAUAUUGAAAAUAGGUCCUUAGCUGAUGAGAAGCAUGUAGUCCACCAAAAGCAAGAAGCAACAAUGGACCCAAUCCUCCUUACACCAGAAAAUCUUAAGACUCCGAUGAAUUUUUCUACUGUAACAGUGGAACAGCUUGGGAUUACACCAGAAAGUUUUGUGAAGCACUCUCCAGGAAAAUCCUUGCUAAAAAAAUCAAGGCGCCGUUCCACAGUUGGAGUCAGAGGCUCUUCUGAAACUAAUCUUCUCAUUAGAUACAUUGCUCAGCAAAGGAAUUUUAAAAAAGCAAAUGAAUCUCCUUUGGCAGAGGCUUCUCCUUCAAUACAGCAGGCCAGCCCUUUUCGACAUAGAAAUGGUGAUUCAGUAAGGCAGCGAAUUUCUGCCUUCCAAUCUGCCUUUCAGCCAGUAAAGGAAAACGAAGGAAAGCCUGGACAUUCAGGGCCAGAGGAAGAAUUUCAGGCAACAGACUGUACGAAAAACAAAAAUCCAAAACGUGACCAGCCCAAGCAUUGUGGAGACUCAGCAUCCAAGCGACGUCGAAUAUCUUACCAGAGAGACUUAAAAGAAAAUAUAGCUGAUGGUGAAAAGAAACUAACUGACAUCCAGAUAUGUCAUAUUGCUACUUUUUCUGACACAAAUCGAACUCAUAUUUGUGAAACUUGGACGCCAGAUCAUUCUAAGGAAUCUUUGGAUCCAUUCCUUGUUGCUCAGUCUGAAUGCUUGGUUUUAGAGGACGUUCCACGCAAAGAUCUCUCAAGUGCUACAAAGGGGAAGAACAUUGUUGGAUGUACAGAGGAAGAAAAGGCAAGUAAUGCUGCGUCAAGACACUGUAGAAAGAGAGGCAAAUUUGAGAAAGAACUGAGCCCAGAAACAUUUGGUGAGAUCAUGCCUCCAAUUGCGCCUGUGUACAAAGGGGACCUUUCAUCUUGUGAGUCCUCCUUCCUUCGCUCUGUGCUGAAGAAGACCCCUGUGAAGCUGCUUCUGGAAAGCUUGCAGGAACAUUGUGACACCUCUAGUUAUGAUGCAAAUCAAUCAUUUUCAUUCUCGGAUCUUUCAAAAGGUUGUGAGGAACUGAAAAAUGAUAAAAGCAGUUUUAAAGUCCAAAAAUCAUGGCACAAAAAGAGAGUUACGUUUGGAGAAGAGCUGAGCCCAGAAGUAUUUGAUGAAUCGCUGCCAGCAAAUACUCCACUGCGCAAAGGAGGUACACCUGCUCGACAACAGGCUGUAAGAAACAGCAAUCUUCCUUUCUUCCCCAAACUGACCAUUUCGGAGGCGAUUUCGCAGCCCAUCUUUGAAGAGCCAGAACAGGAUCUUGUCAGCAUGGAACCCCUGGAAGUCUCUUUUGCGGUUCUCAGACCUGCUUCUAACUCUUCAUCCUCUGAAACUAUCGAAGACACUGAUGCUGUUAAUUCUUCAAAUAACUAUGAAAAAACUUCCCCCUCUAAAGUUGAUAGAAUAACACGGUCCUCUAGCAGACGGAAGCAGUUGGUCAGUGUUACCGAAGAGGACAGUUUUAGCAACCUAGUUAGCAUAGAUGUUAAGAAUAAGGAAAGGAAACCGAAUAGGAAGAAAGCCCAAGCAACAAAGAGCACGAGCCGAUCCACACCGAAAAAGUUACCGGUGUUAAAGAAUUACCGGAGGAAGAAAAGGAGGGGUAAGAGUUUGAAGAAAUCUUUCUACGGACUACGAGAGGUGGCUUCCAGGAAGCCCCCCCUGAGUCCCAUCCCCGAGAUGCCCGAAUGCCCUUCUCCAGAGAGCCCCACCCUGCAACGCUCCCCAGCUCUGUGGUGCACAGCCGAGUGUCCUAAUAUGCAGAAAGAUGAUUACGACAAUUCCCGAGAGGACGCCAUGAACUCCGAACUGAAAAAACCGUUCGAAAGACCCAGAAGAUCGUAUUUGUCCAAGAACCCAGAAACCCUGACUCUGGCUCAACUUUAUGAAGAAACUACUUCUUCUGAACACUCCACUUCAGAUAUUGAAAGUGAUUCGUCCUUUGGUCCUAUUUCUUUUGACAAAAAUUCAAAAGUAAGUACGGUAGCAUUUUAUGGAAGUGGCCAUAUUCAACACACAAACCAGCUGUUGGAUCAAGACCACGUGAAGAAAAAGACUAAGAGCCAAAAUGUCUUUCUGUCCCCGACAUUAACUCUUACAACCAAAGAAGAAAUCACACCGAUAGUUCCCAGUUCCAGUUUUUUUGUGUGGCAGCCUGAUGCUCUUCUUCCGGAUGUGAGAAGUGUUUGUGAAUAUGAAAGCUUUGACAACACGCAGGAAGAAGGACUGAGUACGUCAUGUGAAGAGCAAAAAGAUGCUUCUGUGGUAGCUUCCAGCGAAAGGCUAGAGAUGAGUCAUUUAGCAGCUGCUUCAGAGAGGGAAGAGAAUGGUCUGGAAGAUGCUGAUAUGAGAGAGGAUGUGGACUCGACCCAAAGUGACAACCAAGAGUUGAAAGGAAGAAAACCCCAAGCAAGCAGUGACCUCUUAAGUUACAAAAAUCUUUUAAAGAGGCUGAGAAGAAGCUCUAUUUAUUGUCCAAAUGAUGAGAAGAUCGAUUUUGAAGAAAGUGGAAGUGAGUUGCCUACCUCCUCUCCCAUGGAAGAAGACUUACCUUUGGAUAAAUCUGAACUCUUUAACAAUUUAGCUGAGUCUAUCAAAGAAGCCUUUAAGAGAUUAAGCGCCGGUGGAGUCAAAGUCAGACGUAGCACAAGAUUUCAAAGAAAUACAGAAAAUCAGGGCCUUAUUUGGGUUUCACUUCCAGGCCCUUCCACCUCCUUUACUUCUCACCAAGUCAAAAGGAGGACAAUGUGCUCAUCUAAUAGCGGAGAGCUUGAAAAUCUGCCCUACACCCAAGGGUCAUCCUGUAUUUUGUCCUCUGUUUCAGGCAGAGAAAACUCUGAGAAUGAUUCUGUGUCUGGGGCUUCCAGAAGGAAGAGCUUUUGUACAUCUGCUCUUUCAGAGAACAGAAAUGCCUCUCGUCCCAAAUACUACAGAAGAACAAACCUUUCUCAUAGGAAUGAGGAAAACCAUCCGAAUGACUUAGAAAAAAUGGAAGUAUUAGAGAAUCCAAACAAUAUCUGACAUUUCCAGCCUUCGUUUUCUAAAGGGGAAGAUAACAAUAGGCAGUUUGCCCAAAAAACCAGAAGAUCUGAAGAAAUAAAGCAACUUAGAAGCCAUUUCAUCCAACAAAACUGUUUGUGUUGUAAAAUUUUUAAUUGUUAAGAUUUCUGUAUUGGAUCAUGCUUGUUUGCUUUUACUGUUUUUUCAUGGGUGGUAAAAACAAAGAUCAUGAUGUACUUAAUGUUGUGUCAGUUUUUUUCUGCCUGCCUUACCAAACAGUUUUCCCUUUCUUAAAGUCUUCCCUAUAUCCCAAACAUUUUCAGAUGGAGUCAUUGAAUUGGUUUUUAUGUGGAUGUACAUUCUUCUUUGUACCAGAAGAUGGCAGCCUGACAUGAGGCUGCUUCUUGUUUGUCUUUAGUUCUAACUCCAGGCAACCCCUGAUUAUUUCUGUGUGCUUCUGCUUCAAAUGAUCCCCCAAUUCUUUGGGAUAAAAUAAAGAUGAGUCAUUAAAACGGGCACCUCCGAUCCUCUCCAGCGAGUCAGCCCCCGGCAGCUCACUUCCCACACUGACAUCCUCGGUGGUCCCUCUCCCUCCGCUCCCAUUCCACAGAAGUCCUGGUUCGGGGCUCAGCUCCAGCUGUCUUUCUCCAGCUCAGCGCACACCCAGAACUGUCAUUUGGACCCGAUUUUCACGAUAGUGCUUGAUCUCAGCUCAUGGACGAUGUGUCCUGGGGGAGGCAUGGGGAAGAAAGGCUGCGUGAACCCAAUUCCAGCUAGAGCUCUCAGCCAGAAACCUUUGUGUUUUCUUAGCCUCCCCCGAUAUGGGAAAGAGGCAGGUCCCGAGGAGACAGGAUCAUCUAAUGUUGGGCCCAAAAAGCCUAUGUGCCGAGGUGAGGGCCCCUUCCUUCCCGGCUCCUCCGGGCUCUGGCUGCCCUGGAGCUGGUGCUUCUCACCCCUCGCCUCCAUCUCUAGCUGCCUUAGAUGCUGACACCAAGUCUAGUGUUCUCUCCUCUUUUCUCUGCCUGCUAGUUUCAUUUUCGCUUUUUUCCUCCCCAUCCCACCCCAAUCCCCCAGUAGGAGCCUGGGAGGCAAUCUCAGAAAGAAUGAGGACAGGACAAUUGUGAAGAGGGACCCCACUCUCCCCAAGAAACGAAGGGUCAGCGGGCCUGUUAGAGAAUUAGAGAAAAAAAUCUGAGGGACCCGAGGAUUGCCACCGGCCUAUAAUCAUUUCUUGUUUGUCAAAUUUUAAUAAUAAAAGGAAAGAUUUCAUUUCA